CUUCGGACUCAGGGACUGUUACACCGAGAGGCCGGAAGAAGCGGCGUGGCCACUCGGGAUCGAUGCGUGAUGAGUCUGCUGGUGAACUUCAAGCGGGUCCAGUGCCUUAAUAACGGCCAUGUUAAAACACGGAUGUUUUGCCACGUUGUAUAAAACACACCAUUUACGGUGACGGUAAAAUAGCCACAUUCUCCUUCAUUCUCCAGUACCUUUGCAGAGACUCGUAGACCUUUGGUCUCCUGGCAGAGGCAUGGCUGAGGGGCCCAAAGCGGGCUUUGCAGAGACGUUUGUGUUGGCAGGCUCAAACGGACAUGGUGUGGCAGUGGAGGAUUUGGGUACAGGCGGGUUAUCCCGCGAUCUGGUGGAGCCGAGCUCUGGAGUCGGCCGGAUGGCAAUGGGUGUGAAGUCCAAGUGUGCCGCCUACGUUCUGGCUCUGCGACCCUGGAGCUUCAGCGCCUCGCUGACACCCGUAGCGCUGGGCAGCGCGUUGGCUUACAAAUCCGAGGGCACCGUGGACCUCUUGGUGUUCAUGGUGUGUGCCGUGGCCGUGCUGGUGGUGCACGGGGCGGGCAACCUAGUAAACACUUACUACGACUUCUCCAAGGGCAUCGACCACAAGAAGAGUGACGACAGGACUCUGGUGGACCAGAUUCUAGAGCCCCAGGACGUGGUGAUGUUUGGAGCGGUGCUGUACUCCGUCGGGUGCCUGUGUGCCACCUUGCUCUACUUUCUCUCCACGUUGAAGCUGGAGCACCUCGCGCUCGUCUACUUCGGAGGGCUCUCUGGCUCCUUCCUUUACACUGGAGGCAUCGGACUGAAAUACGUGGCGCUGGGCGACGUGGUGAUUCUGAUCACCUUCGGCCCCCUGGCAGUCAUGUUCGCACACGCGGUGCAGGUGGGCUACCUGUCAGCGCUGCCGCUGGUCUACGCCGUGCCGCUGGCGCUCAACACAGAGGCCAUCCUGCAUAGCAACAAUACCAGGGACAUGGAGUCGGACCGGCAGGCGGGCAUCGUCACGCUGGCCAUCCUCAUCGGGCCUGCCCUCUCCUACGUGCUCUUCAACCUGCUGCUCUUCGUCCCCUACGUGCUCUUCUGCUUCCUGGCAACGAGGUACACCAUCAGCAUGGCGCUGCCACUGCUCACGCUGCCCAUGGCCUUCCCGCUGGAGAAGCUGUUCCGUGGUCAGUGCUACUCAAAGAUCCCCCAGAAGACCGCAAAACUGAACCUCUUAAUGGGUCUCUUCUACGUGUUUGCGAUCAUACUGGCACCCCCUGGAAGUCUACCACAGCUGUGACUCACCUUGACUCUUUCUUACUGUGGCUCAUGUUUGCCUGUGUAUAAUUUAUCAUUUUUGUUCCUCAGCUCUAAUUUAUUAAACGAAACACUGGUUCCGAUGUGCUGCUUAGAGAAGUUCUGCAGUAUUUACAACUUCUGUUGCUGGCAAGGUGGCCCUUACUUCCCCUAAAUCUGUGUGCUACUCUACGCUUGCUGUGUGUGAUGCAAAUUCCAAGUUGCCUGUGCAUGCAUGCUGGACCUGGGAAAGAGGAAGGAGAACACUGUAAGGUCACUCGAGAGGCAGCAAGAGUCCUUUAAAUAGCCCAAAGGCAAUAGCUGGAAACUUUCUAAUUUCCCCUCUUUUCAGGUUUGUUUUUAAGAAUUCUUUUUUUUCUCAAUAGUUGCUCAUGCAAGUAAUAAUCGAAAGUAUGAGUAACACAAUUUAUUUUUUGUCAGCAGUAAAAUCACAAGGAUUGCCAAUUUUUUUUAUGCUGCAGGCGUGGGGUUGAAUCAGUAACACUGUUCCCUCACCUCUGGAGUUUCGGGGACGAAUCUCGCCUGUGCUGUGUGUGUGUAGUUUGCAUUUUCCGUCCAUGUCAUGUUGUUUGAUUCUGGGUGUGCCAGUUUCCUUCCGCAGGUCAAAGAUGUACAGUUAGGCUAAAUGUUCUGUUGCCGUAGUGUGUAUGAUGGUGCGUGUAGGUGCCCUGCACUGGACUGGCAUCCCAUCCUGAAUGUACCCCCCAUUUUGCACCCUAUGCCACCCCUGAGACCCUGCUCAGGAUGAGCGGUUAGAUGUGUAGUUAAAAUAAUUUUUAAAUCCAGGCUGUAACAGGUGUGUUCCACGAAGUAGGAUUUCCCAGAUAGCUGGAUAAUUUAAGCCAAACAUGAAAACUGUCCAAUAGGAAGAGAGGAAAGUGACAAGUGUGCUGUUCAUUCUUGCAAUUUAUUGCUUUACAGGAGUUCAUAACAAAUGUCAGAUGUAAUUAAGAUCAUUUUAAUUUUUACAGUUGAAAUGGAGCCUAAGGAUUACUGUACGGUUGAGUUUGACUAGCCUUUACCAGUCAGAAUGAUUAGAGACACUAUUUACAGUGAAAUUCCAAUCGUUUUUGGACUUAGACUGUCAGAUGACACAUAUCGUCCAAGGAAGGAAGUACAUUUUUUUCCUCCAUAACUUCAGGUGCUGUCUUGUGCCUGUCCCGGUACCGUGUAUACACUAGUGCGCUUCAAAAUGUAUCAGUAAUAAAGGGCACGUUCAUAAAUACAAUAUAUUUUAAAUGUCCUCAUAAAUACCUGCCGAUAUUUAUUUUAUAUAUAGGACAGGGAAGCUUCUGAGGGGAAAAUAAGGUAUAUGUUUUUAUUUAAUUUUUAUGAUUUUUUUUAUUUUUUAUUCCAGUAUUCGGCUGGCGAUUCUUUCGAAUUUAUUCGUAUGCGAUUUGUAUUUAGUGGAGCAGCUAACAAAACUGUACGAAACUGAUAAAAUACAACGUGUAAAAAGCA